ACUGAUCUUGUACUGUAACUCUUAUGGAGCACUGACAAAUAUGAAAAUAUAAAUAUAAAAAUAUAAAAACAUUACAAUUGCAACAAACGAAGAAAAACGUAUGUCACUCAUCAAAUGAGGAAACACUACUUCAAGAUGAAGUUGCUGUAGUCCAUACACAGCAUACGUAAGAGCGCUGCUUCAUAGUGUACGGAUUCAGAGCGCCUACCCACAGACCCGUGUGGCUGCAGUCAAAUGUUGAGGCGCGUACAGUGUUAGUGAAAGAUCGCAGGUAGCAGCGCACACUUCACUUUGUGCUUCGUAAUACUGCUCGAGUCCAACGUGCUAUGCCUUCCGAAAUUUUGGUUGGAGAGGGGGAAGGAUAGGAUGGAGAACAAGGCGACUGAGGUCUGUGUGGACUGAAGACAAGAGCGCGCGCUAUGGAGAUGACCGCUCGCCUCGCGCACUUGGACACCAAGUUGGAUGGCAGAAACUGUGAUGGGCUUGUCAACCAUAACGGAGAGACGACGGAGAUAAGAGUACCGCUUUCCCACACGGGGAAAAGACUCAGUCCGAUCGAGGGGGGGAAUCUUUACAGACUGCGUGAUAGAAAGUUCCUGUUGGAGGACAAGAAGCGCCUCUGCGCGUGGGCACUGGGAACCGCGUUGUUAGGCAUUCUGCUGAUGGUAUUACAUGCUGAGCUGUGCCCAGUAGUGUAUCAACCAGGAUCCAUAUAUGCCCUCUCCAUAAACAGUCUCAUCAGUUUCUCCACUGGGUGUCUGCUCAUUCUCAUCAUCGCCUUCCAUUAUAAAGACAUCAGACUUUUCAUCAUUGACCACAACCAGGUGGACUGGCGCAUUGCCAUGACCAGUAACCGGGUGCUUGGCAUCUCCCUGGAGCUCAUUGUCUGUGCUAUUCAUCCUGUGGCCAUCUACCUGAGGCCAGAUAUGGGGGACAGACUAGGGGGGAAGCCGGAGCAAAAUUCCUCUACCCCCCUCUGCUUGUCCUCCAGUCACAAAGAAGUCAUGCUCGAUGUGGAGCUACUGCUGUCAGCCCUCAUGUUCCUGAGACUGUAUCUCGUGCACAGAGCCGUCCUGUUACACAGCAAGGUGCUCCUCAGCGCCUCUUACAGGAGCAUUGGCUCCCUCAACAACAUCAACUUCAGCUUCCGCUUUGUGCUCAAGGUGCUAAUGAACAAGUAUCCGGCCCGCACGCUUCUGGUCUUCAUUAUGUUCUUCUGGCUCUCCGCUGCUUGGAUGCUGCGACUGUGUGAAAGGCAGAAGCAGGUAGAGACAGGUGGCAUGGACACAGCACUGUGGCUCAUAGCCAUCACCUUCCUCACAGUGGGCUAUGGAGAUGUGUCCCCUCACACCAGCUGUGGAAAGCUGGUGUGUCUCUUCACAGGAGUCAUGGGUGUGGCAUGUACUGCUAUGUUGGUAGCAGUCAUGACUAAGAAAUUGGCGCUUAACAAAGGGGAGAAACAUGUGCAUUUCUUCAUGAUGGACAUUCAGAUCUCCAAGCGGAUUCGGCACGCAGCAGCCGAUGUGCUAAGAGAAUGUUGGCUACUGCAUCGCACCACCCAGACAAAGGACAACAGCGGAGAGCAUCGACAUCAUCAGAGAUGCCUGCUGGAGGCUAUCCGUGUAUUUCGUCACUUGCGGUUGAAGCAGAGGAAGUUAAGGGACUAUGCCAGUGAGAUGGUGGAUCUCUCGAAGAUGCAGAUGAUCAUGUGUGAUCUGAGCGCAAACUGGAACAGCUCUUAUCAUGAGCUUGAGCAGCGAAUCAUCUCCAUGGAGCAGAAGCUAGAUGAGCUGGGACGCUCCUUUCAAAGCACCUCUGAGCUGCUCACACAGGCCUUACAUCGCCGCAGACUGGACCACAGGUGACCUGUGACAUCUCUUUGGAAGGCUAUCCUCUGAGUGUUCUUCAAUCAAACCACUUGAACCUAAGGAGUAACUUUAUGAUGGAAACUUUUUACGAAUUAACAACCAGAGAAGACAUCUUGUUUUAUUUUGAACACAAGUUCUGCUAUGAGUAUUUAUGAACAUUUCCUCAAUUCUACAAACAUGAACUUGAGAAAAGGCCAUUUUGGUGACUUUAAACUUUUGAUUCAGAGUUUCAGUUCAUAAUUGAUACCAAAAAGAAGAGAAACAAAUUCAGAUUUCUUGUAACACAAUCGCACAGGUCUCAGAGUGAUAUAUCACUGUGAAAGUCACACAAAGGAUGUAAAACUUUUUUUUUUACAAACUAUCAGCUUCUCUUAUAGUUUCUAGGUGAUACUGGGGAAGUUAGUCAUUCCCAAACUGAAGAAAACACCUGAAGCUCAGUUGUUCAUCUCAAAAUUUGAAAGUAUGAAUCACGUUGACCAGCUUGAUUAUAAUUUUAUGUAGGCUAAUUUGAUAAACUAUUUUCCAGUUACAUUUAAAUGUGCAUACAACCUGGGAAUGACACAUUGAUGAAGGUUUUUAUGUAAAUUGCUGGCAACUUUUUAAAAGGUAAGUCAGAUAAAUUGUAGUUAGGUGCCAAGGAUAAGCCAGACUUCCUCAUUGACUGUUGCCCUUGUACACUGUUAUUUUAAAACGACCCUAAUUUAGGCAGAACCACCUGCACCCACAGCUCCCUAAUAAAAUAUCUGGGAAUGACUUGAAUUUCCAUCAGCUCUUUAACCUGACAGGGCAUCUGUUGAAUGAUGGUAUGUGGCGGCUCUAAUUGCGCCAUGAAAAGGUUUUGUACAUUAUGGUCUUCAGAAUAUUGGUGUAACGGAAAAAUCUUUAUUGCUCGAGCCUGUUCAUUAAGACAGAGGCUGUCGGUCCUCUCUGAUAACACCUCCUGGUGGACAAAAGUAUGUGCUGCACGUUUGGCCGUCAUUCCUAUUGAGACUAUGCUUGUCUUUUAUUGUUUGGGAUAAAUAAUUUUCAGAACAGAAUACUUAGAUGUAUAUGCAGCAUAGUGACUAUAUCAGGGCAAUGGGAAUAAGAAUAGAGGUCAGAUCUCUUGUAUGUAGGCCUAUUUCUUUUCCUGUUUCUUUUAGUCUUCAACCAUCUGAAACUGCUGAUAUAAGGAAAGCAUAUGAAUGGCACCCAACUCAUUAUUUGACCAAUCAUUAACCGUUGCUGCUUAUACAGGAACUAAAAACAAAUAUAGUCAAGCAAAACAUAAAAUUUUUAUUGCCUUAUAUUCGAGAUAAGUUGAUCAGGAAUUCAGUUUUGCAUGUUGUAUUGUGAAAUCUGCAUAAAAAAAUGCCAGGAAAAAAUGAAUGAAAAAAAGUUUACAGCAUUAUUUUUGCACAUUUUAAUAAAGCCAUCUCAUGUUAACACAAGUUUGUGUUUUCCCAACUAUAUUAUGAUGAAUAAGCCUUAAAAUAAAACACAGCAAGAGAUAAACUUCUCUGUGUAUUUAUGUACAGUUUUAUUACAAAUGGGUUAGAAUCAAUCACUGACGUAUGACAGAAAAACCCUAUAAAAAUGAAAAAAAAAAAAUGUGUUGUAUGUUUCUUUGGUCAUUAAUAAAUGAGUGCUUGCUUAAAA